GAUGGCGGCGGCGGCGGCGGCGGCCGUCGGGCCAGGCGGGCGGGCCGCGGGGUCGGCGGGGCCGCCGCUACGACGAGGCCGGGGCCGGCGGCGGCACGAGGCCGGUCCCGCGGAAGACGAGCCGGCUCCGGCGGGCCCGGCGCGGCGCUCGGGCCAGCGGGAGGGCCCCGGCCGGCCGCUGUGCCACAGCCGCCCGUCGCCCGCCGGAGAGCCGGGCCCGCCGCCGCCCCCGCGGGCCCAGCGAGACUUCAUCUUCAGAGCACCCAUCACGUUAGCCAAGCACGGAGAAGUUCACGAGGAAUAUAAAAGCCACUUGCAAAAGCUGAGAGAUGAAAAAUGGCAAGAAGAGAGAAACCCGGAAGACUUGAUUCACAGGCUGAGGGUGGAGGACGCUGAAGCUGAGAGGAGGAGAACAGAUGAUCAGAAGAAAGAGGAGUCCACAAUGGCGAAAGGGACGCAAGGCCGUCUUCCCGAGUGCCUCUCCGAUUCCGAGAACGAGGAACCAUUCCAGGGCCGACCCGUGUAUCGGUCGGCGUUUGUCUCCAAGGGCAGCGCCUACUCCCUGGCAUUGCUUGCGGGGAAUUUUAGCUCCCAAGUCGAACGAAGCCAAAGUUGCAACGACACUCUGGGGAAUCGAUCGAAGAGCCGGCAAAGAUCAGCUCCUGUUAGGACAAAGGCGAACCCCUUAGCUGGUGCCCCUGCUCCCCUGGUUGGGGUCCUCUCCUCUACGCAGAACAAUCGCUGCCUCUCUGCUCCGGACCUGACGGCAGAGAAGCGCCUCACCUCCCACCCGGGGUCUUCGUUCCCCCCUCUCUCGCAGAAGCAGGAGCGCUCGAUCAGCCCCGAAAGCAACGACAGCAUCUCCGAGGAGCUAAACCACUUCAAGCCCAUCGUCUGCUCACCCUGCACCCCUCCCAAGCAGCUCCCAGACGGGCGCGUGCUGAGCCCCCUCCUCAUCAAGUCCACCCCCCGGAACCUGACCCGCAGCCUGCAGAAGCCGACCACCUAUGAGGCGAGCCCCUGGAUCCUGAAGAAGUGGGAGCAGAUCCUCCAGGAGCGCCAGAUCAAGAGGACUCUCUCCAAGGCCACGCUGACCUCCUCAGCCCCAGAGCCGGGGGAAGACCCACCGGCCCCAAACAUGCCCGUCGUCCUCGCCAGGGAGCCGCUGCCAGUGUCCAGCGACGGAUCGUUGCCUGACCCCCUCUCUCCCGCCCAUCCAGCAAAGCUGGGAAGCUCCGGGAACAGCAGGAGAGGCCCCGAGGCCUCAGCCCUCCUGGCAAGGCCCGCUGAGAAGCCCCCCAACGGCGGGGUUUCCAAGCUCUCCGAUGCAAAACCGGCUUCCCGGCCGGCCGGCUCCUGCCUUCGCCUCGAUGCCAAAACAAUCGCCCGGAAGGUCGUCCGGGUCAGCUCCGCCUUCGCGGAGAACAACGGCACCCUCGGGGCUCCGGCUGAGGGGAAGCUGCGGAGACGCUGGGGCGAGGGCGAGCUGUGCCACUUCCCCAACGGCCUCCGCCUCGAGAGGGGGCUCGGCGAGGAUGCCCCUUCUCUGCGGCGGGGCCAAAAGCGGCCGUGCAAAACCAAACACCUGGACCCUUCCAUCAAGCGGCCAAGGCCGGCAGCCGGUCGCAAAGGCCCCACGGCUGCCGACCCCCUACGGAGGAAGAGGCGGCGGCAGCGGAGCGGGGCCCAGCCGAGGCUGCCACAGGAGGAGGCGGACCGGCGGCUGGCCCUGCAGCUCCAGCGGCAGUUCGAGAGGGAGGACCGGACAAUGGAGCGGCAGAAGGGGCGUGCCGAGCAGUAUUUCCUGCGGUCCAAGAACACCACCACAGCAAAGUAGCGCUUAGUGGACCGCGGGGCGUUUUGGAGAUCGCCUGAAAUGAUCAUCCGUCCUGCUGGUGGAGUCAUCGGGACGAGGCGUUCUCUCCGGUUCGUGCCGGAGCCGAGUGGAAGCCCCCCUGGAGCCUUCUCCCCAAAGCUGGUUCUGAGGGUAUAAAUCUCACUCACAGAUAACUCCCCCCCUUAAUCUGUCCUCACCAGGAGGACAGAUCUGGGAUGCCUGUCGAGCCACCGUUCUUGGGAUCCUAGUCAGUUAACGGUAACGGGUGAGUAGAUGUUUGUAACUUCAGGAGCAGCCCUUCGUCGAGAGGGGGUCAGGUCGCAGAAUUGCAGAUCCGCAAAAAUCUAUUUAAAUCUCUAAUAUAUGAUUAAGUCUCCAGAUGAAUGAAUUGGCACUUGCUUGCUUUGAGACCAAGCUGACAACCACGGGCCAGAGAGAACCUUUGGCUGGUGGGCGUGGUGGCGUCCCCCCCUUGGACCUCCAGCCCCAUCAGCUCUCCUCUAGGAGUCCUUGGUGUGGGGCUGCGUUGCCGGAAGCCCGGCCAGCAGUAUAAAAAUGCAAAGCCUGGUUUGUGGUGGGCAAAGUGGGAAACGAACAGUGCACUUAGCUUUUUCUCACCAACACGGUGUUUCAUUAGGUUCCGCAGCCAGGCUCAACAUCCCUGGGAUAGAAGCAGUGAGGACAGAUCCCCCCUCUUAAGUUUUUCAUGCCCAGAUUUAUGCACAGACCUAUUCUGGGGGAUGAGACAGUUGUGGAUUCCUCCAAACUACUUUUUCAGUAUUUGUUUUUCGACAUGGUCGAGCCCCUCCUGAGCUAGUUCGCCGUACCGUGAGAAAUCACUGUUUUCUGGUGCCCGAGAACACAAUUAACCUUUGUGGCUCUACCAAAUCAAAGGCUUCUUUCUAAAAAAAAACCCUGCAAGUCUCGAAUGGGAGAUUUGCUCCCCGGUCCCUCUUCUAAAGGGACCACUUGGACAGGGCGGGUCUUGGAGCACUUCAUCAGAAGCAGCACAGUUGGCUGACCAUGUGGUAUUUUGAAGCUGUUGGUGGCCAAACUUAAGAAGAUCCUGGGAAGUAGACCCAAAGAAGCUUUUUGUCAAGGAGUUAGACUCACGAGAUCUCCAAAACCAGGCUGCAUUUCAGAACCACCCUGGCCCUUCAUGAGUCUCUUGCAGGCCAGGGGGUUAGUCUGAUUGUCGCUCAGAGGCGGGAAGCAACUCAAACACUAUACCAGUGUUUCUCAACCUCAGCAACUUUUAAGAUGUGUGGACUUCAACUCCCAGAAUUCCCCAGCCAGCAAUGCUGGCUGGGGAAUUCUGGGAGUUGAAGUCCACACAUCUUAAAGUUGCUGAGGUUGAGAAACAUCACUCUAUACCCUUGAAAGAUCCAUCUUGUACCAUCUGUACUGUGUAGUGUCCACCUCUUACCCUUGCUUGGACCAAAUUGAUCUGACGCGUGAAGCGUUCCCUAAAAUUUGUGUCCGUUAUGUAGGGAAAGGAUUCUCUUGCUGCUCUGCAUUCCAGUGGACUUGGAAUUAUGUCCGUAUUCGCUUUUGCCCACGUCACCAGGAUUGGGGUGACACUCGGUUCAGCCUUUGCCAUCUGCACCUAACCCCCAGCCAGCCCAUAUCUGAGGCCCUCUACUGCGUUGUGACUCUGACCCGUUGGUAAGAAAAGGAGGUGGAGGAGCAGAAGCUGGUGGCCUAAGGACGUCAAGAUCUCGUCAGAAAGAAUUUUAGUUCAGUUCUGUUCUGUUCAGUCCUGACCAAUCCAGAAUGGCUUUCUGAAGUGGCCUAAAUGUUUAUGCAUGUGUGCAGGGAGAAUUUUAUGUUGCAUUAGAUAGUUUGGAUGAGUCAAUGAGCGUGCCCCAGUGGGAAAUCUAGAGCUAUCCUCUUGGCUUUAUUUUUGUAUGGAAAAGUGCAUAAUCACCCAAUUCGGGCACCUUCCUUCCGCACACUUGUGGCGAGGGUACCACUGCAGUGUUGCCUCUACAUACCGAAUGCUUGCAAUCCAAUUUGGCCCUUAAGACACUGUGGGAUGGUGUCCUGUCCAUCAUUGGCUCCCUCCUUGGAGGGGAAACAAGGUGGGGGUCUCUUUUCCCUCCAGGAUCUGAUGCCGCCUCUUUCUGAAGUUGAGUCAGAAGGAUCAAGGUUUAAAUGUUGGCGAGAGAGCAGUAGGAUCUAAGGAAUCUGAACUCCACUCAGCCGGGAGAUCAUUUAGUUUCAUUCUCUUGGUUCAAAAAGUCUGGAGAAAGGACAGAGCCCGGCCUUCAGACAGGCAAACGGAAUUGCCCCGUAGAGCUAGUUACGUUUUCCCCCUCUGGCCGUGGCAAGCAAAGCACGUCCUUCUGCUUCCAGCCGCAGUAGAACAGAGAUCUAUCUAUGUGCUGUCACUCACUGCUGUGAAAAGGGCAUGUCGGAAAGGAGCUACGUUUUUUUCUCCCAUCUUACUGGUACUGUAUACCUAAAAUGGAGUUAUUUGCACCAGUGGUAAAAGUGAACACCCGCGGCACAGAUUUGGAAAGUGCUUUUCAUACACCUGUUGAGAGGGCUGAAUCAGUGCUAGGUGUGCCACAGUGGGGGAACAUCAUGUGCCGGUUAGGCCUUCCCAGCCAGACCCUUUCAGAGGUGCUGGGACCGCGUUUCCCAGAAUUUCAGAAGAGCGUAGGAUUGGGCGGGGGGGUUGCCAUUUCAGUGCAUCUGAAGGAGACCCCGUUGUGGGGAGGGUGGUUCAGGUCCCACCAGCCUCCAGAAAGCUCUGCUGGAGUCGAACCAAAGCUCUGUCCACGGGAUCGUAAUCUGAAUGGGUGCCGAUGGUUUUCCCCCAGUAUUUGCGGCUUGCUCAGUGCUUGCCGUUGCAGAAAUCCCUGUGGAGACAAAGUAGUGCAUGAAAGAGGGUUGGUGGGGGGAGGGGGCCAACCUGGACUUUAUGCUUGAGAGGAAGGUAAGGCCAAUAUCGGUGCCCUGGUAAAGGUCUCAGCAGGACUGAUUUCCUCACUGUUUUCCCAGUUUCUACGCCGCUCCAGCCCAGAGACCCUGAGCGGCUUGUGUAUCUUUUCAGCUAAGUGGACAGCUGAAAAUCCGUUGGGUGAAAUCUUUGUAACUUCUCCGGGUAGCUCCUUCUGGGGAACUGAGGGCAUUGAUUGUUCCCUUGGAAAGGUGGGUGCAGCCAGGCCGUACGUUAUCGAGGUCAGUGUUUCCCAACCUUGGCAACUUGAAGAGGUGGGGACUUCAACUGGCUGGGGAGUUCUGGGAGUUGAAGUCCCCAGCUCUUCAAGUUGUCAAGGUUGGGAAACACUGCUCCAGACUGACCUUUCCAGCAAUGCCACCAAGCUCACAGAACGAGUCCAGCUGAAGUCCACACCUCUUCAAGUUGCUGAGUUGGGAAACACAGCUUUAGAGUUCUAUCAGCCUGUUUGCUACCCCCCGACAUGAGAAGUCUUGCCAGCAUAAUGCGCAUCCAUUCUUAGCUUGGCAAGGCCUUUGGUUUGACUUUAAAACCUUAGAUUUUAUUUCUGGCCCUGUGACUUACUCGAAAGGAUAGCUAUGCAUUCUGCCAUUUUCUGGGCACAGGUGAAAAGUGGGGGGGGGGGAGACAUUUGGACAGGACUCAAGUGACCACAAUUGCCAAAGACGGGAGCUGACCCGGAAACUUUGCUCUUAACUUUUUUGGAGAUCCUCCAAUGGCAGAAGAGGCGCUGCAAGUUUCCUUGGUCAGUUGACCAAACGUGAGGGUAAGAGGGGAGGGCAGUGUGCCAAAAGAUGGGCUUUGUCGUGAGACAAUUGUAUUGCAUCUACCCCAUACCCAUCAGUGUUCCUUCUCUCCAUCUGCCUUGUGGGGCCGUGUCGCGGAGUGCCCUCCGUGGAAGGAAAGUACAAGCCUUAAAGACUGUCAUGAAUGGAUUUUUAAGGAACAGUCUGGACCUUGGAGCAUUGCUUCGGAGAAUGCUAGCCAAACCUGCAAGGAACGUGCUGGCGUUUUGAUUUCUAUACUUCCGGGAAGAUGCCGUCCGAGGACAGAGCACGGUCCCUUAGGCAAUGCUCCUUGCCCCAAAUCUGGGCGUGGGUGUGGGCAAUAUUGCGCUGUGCACUGGAUCCUCUGAACCCCCCACUGGCACCCUCACCUUUCUAAAUAUGGUAUUAGAGAGGAGUCUGAUGGGAGACAGGCUUCCUCCCCAGCUGUCAAAAAACACCGUGCGCAGGUAUGGCGUUAAUUAUCCACUAUGCAAAUGACAACACCUUUUGGUUAUAAAUGAUGGGGUUUUGCGCAUGCCCAUUUGUACCUGGGAUUUGCUGUCAGAUGGUUUCAGGAGAAAUAAAGAUUGCUGCAUCGCUCUACUCCCUUAAUCCCGUCAUCGAUCCACCCUGGUAUGCUUUAAAUCAUUUUGUGCUUUGGUGUCUAUCCUCGGCUUGGUACCUGGAAACCAGUGCAGUCCAAGACAAAGCGUCACUUUUGGAACUUCACCUGAAUCACCGUGGCUUCAUCAAAUGUUUUGAUAAAACAAAUCUGUUUACUGAGAAA